UCAGCUGUUUCUCUGACCUCUGACCUUUAGCUCUCCUCUGCCUGACAAGUGGGCUAAAGCUAAAUGGGUGGCAAGCACAAACCCUCCAACAUGGCAGCCUUCCUCGUGAUUAAACUGUUUCUAUUGUGUUGUUAUAGAAAAUGAAUGAAUUUACAAAGUAUAGUUCUGGAGAGGAUCGCUGACAUGUGCUGAAGUUUUCCUGAAGAUUACCAGGAAGAAAAGAUAAAUGAAGUUCUCAGCGGGGGCCACCGUAUUGUUGGAGAGGAUUCAGACUAGUCAGCAUGCUGCACAUGAGCACAGACAAUAAGAGCACGCAACCUGACCGCAUCCCCAUUGUAGAGCCUGAGAAACUCGAUCCUGGCUCCCCUUUUUUUCACGGCUCUGCUCGGACUUUAAAGGGCGUGUGGCUGCAUUAAUAAAACAGCGGGCGAACAGAUACACCGCAGAAAGACGCUUCAUCAGGUUGCAUUUCAUUGUGAUGUGGAGUCGUGCAGGAGCAAUUCACAUUCAGAUCAGAUGUGGCUGCAUCUCUGGGCCUUUGUCAUGCUGUUAUCUCUGAGAAUACAGAUUCUAUUAGCCAGCAAGGAGAAAAAAAUCACAAAUUAAAGAAGAUUUUGAGUCAUAUUUUAACUGUGAGGUUUUAACUGAACACUGGUGUGACACAUGUAAUGUUCCUGAUGCAAAUGUGUCAACUCGCCGUGUUACACUGGAGAGAGAUGGAUAUAUGUAGGCCAGCAACAGAGCGCUUACAGAAGCGAGCCGGCAUAAAUGAUUAACAGCAGAGCUCCCUCUCACAUUACUGGAGGUGAAUUAGUCAUCGUGGCCGCUCAAACGGAGCUCCAGAGAUCCAGCAGUCAGAGGACGACAAGUUAUUUUAAUCUCUGAUGUUGACUGAGCUGAUCUCUGACUGCUGAUCAUCCCUCAUUGUAGCAACUUUCCUAUUUUACGCAAUUUGAGUGCGCCUACAUCAAUGAGUGCAUGACUGUUUGUUUUAGUCGGGUGAAGUCACAUUUGUAACAACAUAAGUCGAGCCAAAGUGUUUUUUAGUAGAGAAGUCAGAUUAAUGUUAAAUGUGUGUGACUAUCUUAACUAUUAAGUUUAAGAAGGUAUUGACUGAUUUAAAAUUGAGGUUAAGACACCAGAAAAUUACAUAGAAAACUCCAACAAAUGCAGAAACUUAUCCUUUUAAGACAAAACAACGUGCCUCAGUGCAUCUUCUUUGAGUUUGUUAUCCUAAAAUAGGCAUAAAUUAGAGCUAGAUUUGUCUACAAACCUGUUAUAUGUGCGUAUCAGCAGUGGAAACAGUGAAACCUGUGACUUUUUAACCUUUGAUAAAGCAAAAUGUUCGUAGAAAAGCACAAUCACAGGUCUUCUAGGGACAGCAGCGUUAGUGUGCUCUACACUUAUUUCAUUGUGUGCCUUCUGGCUUUCUGCAGAAACUUGCCAAAACUCUGUCAACCCCCCACAAGUGGACUGUCUCUACUGCAAAGCUGCACCUGUUAGUCUGCUCACUGCUGUCAUGUCCCCUGAGCGACCGGCUGUUUAUGUGGAAACUUUUUAGAACUUUUCCUUCCAGCAAACAAACAAAAAAAAUCCCUAAUCUGACCAAAAAACACAAAACAAAUAAAGGUUAGUGUUUGCAAAGACAGCACAAAAAGCCAUUAUUUUAUUUUGCACGUCUCCUGAAAGCCUCCAUAUGUCUUUGUCCCAUCAUCAGGUGUCAGGUUUUGUUGGCCCUCGAUGGUUAAUUAAACGUGAUUGCAGCGUUGGAUGAGUCUGAGUGAAGGAGCUCCAGUGUUUCGCACUGAGCAGGCUUCCCAGCUGUUUGUGCGCCCUGAUCGGUGGGCGGGCAGAGAGUCAGACUGAAAACUGGGUGGGGUUUGAGGCAGCGCUUUUAGGAAUGGGUCCCAAACCUAUUUAGUUAGACAGCAGAGUUACCAAGAAGAGCUGGAAACACCUGAUGGUAUCUUUGGGACAAUCCGCUCCAUAUUACUGCCCUCUUUACUGUCGCAAGAUAAAUCUACCUCCAGGCUUCAUCACUGUCGAAGUUUUUUUUUUGUGUGUUGUUUUCUCUUCUGAAAAAAGUUAGAGCCAGCUGAACUCUCCUGUCUCUCCUCUCUCUCUCUCUCUCUCUGCAUCCAAAGAAUUACCGAUAAGGAGACAUUGCACUAUUAUUUCGUGUUGUUUCUAUUUAUUGUAUUUUUGCACUAACGAUGCACACCACGCAAAAGGACACGACUUACACGAAGAUUUUUGUCGGGGGGCUUCCCUACCACACCACGGACUCAAGUCUCAGGAAAUAUUUUGAAGUUUUUGGUGAGAUUGAAGAAGCGGUGGUGAUCACUGACAGACAGACCGGCAAGUCUAGAGGUUAUGGAUUUGUGACGAUGGCCGACCGCUCGGCCGCUGACCGGGCCUGCAAGGACCCCAACCCAAUCAUCGAUGGCAGGAAGGCCAACGUCAACCUGGCCUACCUGGGGGCCAAACCUCGGGUGAUGCAGCCAGGUUUUACCUUUGGUGUUCCCCAAAUUCACCCUGCGUUCAUCCAAAGGCCUUACGGCAUCCCGGCCCACUACGUCUACCCUCAGGCCUUCGUUCAGCCUAGCGUGGUCAUCCCUCACGUGCAGCCGACGGCCGCUGCACCUGCCACCGCCUCCUCCCCGUACAUCGACUACACCGGAGCCGCCUAUGCACAGUAUUCUGCAGCCGCCGCCAGCGCUGCCGCCGCCGCAUACGAGCAGUAUCCUUACGCCGCCUCCCCUGCCGCCACGGGGUACAUGACCACCACCGGCUACGGCUACGCAGUCCAGCAGCCUUUAGCCACCACCGCCCCGGGUUCGGCCGCCGCCGCCGCCGCAGCCUUCGGCCAGUACCAGCCUCAGCAGUUGCAAGCCGACCGCAUGCAAUAGCAGCGACUGCAGGCACUGGACAUGCAGAGAGAGGAGGCCCGAGCCCGGCCACCGCUGAUUUACUACAAGGAGAGCAGGAAAAGAAAGAGGGAGUGGCCUUGAGAGUGUGGCGUGUCAGCAGCUCAGAGGCAGAGUUGCUUUGAAAAGGUGAUGAUGAUGAUGAUGGUGGUGAUGAUGAUGGUGAGGUGGGAACUUUUUACAGUAACUUUCCAACUUGCUGUGCUUCAACCAAAAAAAAAAAAGCAGAAAACGAAAAAAAGUGGCAGAACAAAUAAUGAAAACGGUUUAUUCUUGUUGUUGUUAUUACUAUGAUCAUUAUUAUCAUUACUAUUAUCAUUGUAGUAGAGUACUUAUUUCUAGAGAGAAGAUCCAGGAACUAAUCCCUGUGGUUGGUAUAGGUGUUCAACUAAGCCUUCAAGUCCUAUUGCUGUCUUUAACGUUAGUUUAGAAAAAUGCUCUUUUUUUUUCACUUGUCGCGUUCCACAAGUGUUUUCAGUUAUUUAAUGCCCGCAUAACAUUUAUAUUUAUUAUUGUCAUUAUUACACAUGGAGGGCUCUGCUUGUUCUUUUCGUCUUUUCAAAUGCAUUUUUUGGAGUUAAUAUUUUCUGAUAAUCAGGGAAAUGGAACCGUUUCCAAUGUGUUAGCUAUUAUUAUGUGACCUCUGUCAGGAAGUCGAGGAGUCAGAACUCGUCGUUUCACACACAUUUGAAGAACUACUUCUUUUUUUUAAUCUUCCUGAUGCUGAAUGUCCCUUUUUUAUUUACUCUUGUGUCUCAACCUCUUGACCUAUGCAAAACAAACAAAUCACCAUGAGACAAAAAAAAAAGACAGAAAGAACUGAAAAUGUCAUCAACUCUGACUUGACUCGUGGACUAAAAGGGGAACUUGGCAAACAAAACAAAGGCACUGACAAAAGGAGAGAGGUUGAAAACGGCCUCAGACAAUGAGAAACACUAAAUCUGUUGCUUUUCCACAUUUCACUCUCACGUACACUGACGCACACAUCCAGAGUUGCACACAUAGCAGUCGGAAAGACAAAGGCAGCACAGUCGUGUUUCUCUCUCUUGCUCCGGGAUGGAGAGAGAAAGGAAAGAGAGAAAAGAGAGAGAGCAGCUGCUGGUGGGGGUUGGACAGAGCCGCUCCAGCUCCACACAGACGGAUCACUCUGGAAAGAACGCAUCACUUGUGCUCGUUUGUUGAGCUGUCACAUUUUAAUCCCCGGCCGAGCCCAUUGGGAACCAACUUUACACCCUUUCCACCCGACACGGAGCCCCAUGGCCAAGCCCCACCGCCCCCCAGGCUCUGCCGCCGUCAGCAUUUCCACCUCUGUGCUGCUGUCGUCUGGCGUCAGGUACAAACACUUUAACCAAAGCCACCCCAACAACUGGCCUGCCUCAUGUCUGUCAAGAACACCAGGUGGGGUGGAGAGAAAAAAGGGGGUUUUACUCUUUGACUUUACGUUGGUCUGUGUGCCUUACAUUUUUACUGCUAUUUAAGAGAGAAAAAAAAAUGAAAAAAGAGAGAGAUCUACUAUUUAAGAUAUUUAUUUUUGAGGGUUGACUAUGUUGACGAGAGUAGAGACUUAGUGGCGGUACUGUAUUAAUAAUAUUAUUAUGUACUCAUCUCAAGGCAUAUAUAAGUUAUUGAUUAGUUUUAUUAUUAUUAUUAUUAUUAUUACUAUUAUUAUUAUUAUUAUUAACAUACUCAACCAAAAAUGUUGAUGUAGGAGUUAUUUAAGAUACUGUUACGUGCACUGUACUUUUAUUUUUUAUCUUUUUGACUCUUCAGAACAUUAAAUAGUAGUUUAAUGCCUUUUGUAUGGAAGAACUUUAUUUAAAUGCAGACCUGUUUGCAUGCAGAUUGUACUCUGCCUCUUCUGUGUUUAGAUAAGAGGAAAAAAAAACAAUAACUUUGACAAAAACAAGCAAAAAUGCUGCUUUUCUCUACUAGAAUGUAUAGUCAUUGUCGAGGUUUCAGUAGCUGUGCUUCUUUUGCUUAAUAUUCAUCAGAUGGGCUAUUUUACACUGUUGGGAAUUUUUAUACUUGAACUCUUUCUUACAAGGGAAAUAUGAGAAAUAAAUGGCAAAAAAAACUUUUUAAGGAGCUUUUCAUUGUCACUGGAUGAAGGCAUGUAAAGUGUUACUAUUUAAAUGCAAAGGUCCUGUUGAUAUUAAAACCUUUACUUCAGAAUUUCAACACCAUUUACUCAAAUUGGAAUAAAAUGUUCUAUAUUUA